UGUUUUCCUUUCCUCUCCCAUGAGUUCCUCCGGAGAGGCCACCUUCCCAAGACCCAGGCCGUGGGACUGGCAGCGCCGAGGCCGAGCUGGUGUCGAUGGUAUUUGCUACUGAUGGGUGUAAGCAAGUUAGAUGUUCUAUACCGUAGACUUCUCCUCACAAAACUUUUUAUCAGAGGAUGGGGAAGGCCAGAGGAUCUCAAAAGACUCUUUGAAUUCAGAAAGAUAAUUGGAAAUCGAGAAAGAUGCCAGAAUCUGGUUUCAAGCGAUUAUCCAGUAUACAUUGAUAAGAUGGAGGAACAAUCAGACUGUAAGAUUUUAGAUGGACACUUUGUUUCUCCCAUGGCCCACUAUGUGCCUGGCAUCAUGCCAAUUGAAUCUGUUAUUGCAAGGUUUCAAUUUAUUGUACCUAAAGAAUGGAACAGCAAACACAGACCUGUAUGUAUUCAUCUUGCUGGAACAGGAGACCAUCAUUACUGGAGGAGACGGACACUAAUGGCCCGUCCUAUGAUUAAAGAAGCCCGAAUAGCUUCUUUGUUGUUAGAAAACCCGUACUAUGGCUGCAGAAAACCCAAGGACCAAGUGAGAUCCAGUUUAAAAAAUGUGUCUGACCUUUUCGUGAUGGGAGGAGCUCUUGUUUUAGAAUCUGCUGCUCUCUUGCAUUGGUUAGAGAGGGAAGGCUAUGGCCCUCUUGGGAUGACCGGCAUAUCCAUGGGAGGACACAUGGCCUCCUUAGCAGUAUCCAGCUGGCCUAAGCCCAUGCCAUUGGUUCCUUGUCUGUCUUGGUCCACGGCCUCUGGGGUCUUCACUACGGGUGUAUUGAGUAAAUCAAUUAAUUGGAGGGAGCUGGAGAAGCAAUAUUAUACUCAGACAGUUUAUGAAGAAGAAAUAAUUCAUAUGCUUGAAUACUGUGGAUGUGUCAAAAAUCUUUACUUAGUUCCAGUUGACCCAAGCCUCAUUAUUGUGGUUCAAGCCAAAGAAGAUGCCUAUAUUCCACGAACAGGAGUUCGAAGUCUACAAGAAAUUUGGCCUGGUUGUGAAAUCCGAUAUCUAGAAGGGGGUCAUAUUAGUGCAUAUCUUUUUAAACAAGGACUCUUCAGACAAGCCAUCUAUGACGCAUUUGAACGCUUCCUCCAUAAGUAUGCUAACUAACUGGAUCAUUCUAUUGUAAAACAGUACAGCCAUCAAGGUUUCUUACAAAAGGAGUUUUUCAUCCAGUGAUGAUAAGAACAUGCAGAUAGUACUAAUAAUAUAACAAGUUAGUAUGGAAUUCAGUGUUACAGAUCAGUCUAUUAUAAACUUUAAAUAUAUUUCGGUAAUUUAAAAGAAUAUUUCAAUUACAUGUUAAAAUAUUUUGUUAUUUUGAGAA